AUGGAGAUUGAAAUGCAUUUGGAAUUUAUCAAUAUCAUCCCUCAUCAACGGAACCCCCAAACCGUGACUGUGGUCGUCCGAAACCUCCCUCCGGCCACGACCUCGGACCAACUGCGUUCGAUCUGCAACGACUUCGGCGAGGUCGUGGAGGUCGAGAUCCCGCAAAAAGCCGGGAAUUUUCUGCACUUCAUUUAUGGGUUUGUCCGGUACAGCAGCCUAGAAGUGGCCCUGAACGCCGUGCUGAAACUGAACACACUAGUGGUUCAAGGGAGACAGCUGAAUGCAGAGGUGGCGAGAAAGCACUGGCGCAACACCAAUGAUAAAACAGUGCUUUACGACGCGCCCCACGAGGCCAAGGAGGACGAGAGAGACGAGGAUGAUCUGGAAGAAGAGGAACUGAACACAAGGAUCCUGCAGCUGUGUCACCAGCAGUGCAGCAACAUUGCAGGAGUAACAGGGAGAGAAGUCUCCCAAGUUUCCACAAGAUCAUGGACAUGCUGACCGAGACUUUCAACCGGGACGACGAAGACAAGGACACCGAAAUGGAUUCUGAUAAACAAAAUGCUGACGAGGAGUCUGGUGUGCUGACGUAGCGAUCUCUGUUUGCGGUUUUGUAUGUUGGAGUUCUGUCACGUGAAAUGUUGGAUUGAAUUAUGGAUAAUAUUGAAUCGCCGAAUAAAGAUGAGCAUGCUA